GACCGGUAGAUGUAUCAUUCGUUUCCUUUAUGAGAAAUCGUUAUUUAAAUUGGCAAGAAAAUGUCAUGCACACCUUAAAAAAGCUUCAAACCUUGUGUCUCCUCUGAAAAAAAUCGCAGCCCCUUGUUCGAUAGACCAAUUUAAAGGGAAGAACUUUCUCCGUCGAGCUGCAGAGAAAACAGGUGCGAAAAAAAACAGUAGAGACGUAGAAACGUACGAAGACGUAGAAGUGGGUACGAGCGACUAAUUUUGGCUGUAUCAUUUGCGGAAAAAAUGAAUAAGGUAAGUGAAGGGUAAAGCCGAAGAGGACGUCACAAUGGUUCUUCUCUUACCAUCGAAUCCGACUCGGCGUCGGUAAGCGUAAGUAAGCUACCACCGUCAACUACCAGAUGAUAUUACCAUCACGAGUGCGUGAACCGCCAGCAUGCUCCACCGAGGGCAGUACAUAACGCGAUCACGCAACCUUACACAUCGUCAUUGUCGGUAUUUUCUAACGCGGAAGAAACGUUACUGCCGGAUGACAGUAAAAAAUGGUAAUGAAUAUUGCGGGGAGCAUCUUGAAAACGAAUUACGGGACGUGCUGAAGAGAAAGAGGAUCAAGUGUCCACUCGAUCCGACACACACUUGUUACGCAUCCAAGUUAGUCAAACACUUGACAGUUUGUAAUAAAAAGAAAUUUAACGAUGCGUUACCUGCCUAUAUCGUUGAAGGAGUAAACACGGAGAGUAAAGAACAACGAAUUUCCACAAGGAUACCCUUAUCUCAAGUGGAUCGGACCAUUCUUGAGGAGACCUUAAAGAAACUGAACGAGGCAUAUGAAAAUUUGCCAGUAUUCUCAGAAGUAGAGUUGAGCCAUGAGAUAUUAAAGAAAGAACUUCAAAAAUCAACAUAUGGAAGAGAGACUAAAAAACAUUUGCGUCAAAAUGCUUCUCUCUUGGCACACCUCGCAAAUGCAGGGCUUGUUAGAGAUAAUACUUGCUUUAUAGAGUUUGGAGCUGGUAAAGGCAAGCUAACCUAUUGGCUGGCUCAAAUAAUAAGAGAUCAGAGGAAUUCAGCGGUUUUGCUAGUGGAUCGUUCUAGUCAUCGAAAUAAGAGCGAUAAUAAAUUAAGAAAUGAAGUAUCUUCUUUAGAUACAUUGAGAAUACGUGCAGACAUUGCAGAUCUUAAACUAGGAGCUGUACCUGAAAUUCAGAGAUUCCACAAUAAGGUCGCAAUUGCCAAACAUUUGUGCGGAGCGGCAACAGACUUAACGUUGAGAUGCCUAGCGAAAGCGAUACAACAGGAAUCCGAGAUGAACAUCAAUGGGAUAGUAAUCGCGUUUUGUUGUCACCAUCGCUGUGACUAUAAUACUUACGUUGGUACAGAAUAUUUAAGUAACUGUCGAUUUACACCCAAAGAAUUUCAAAUGUUAUGCAGCAUUGCUAGUUGGGCGACAUGUGGUUCAAGACGAGAUGAUAUCGAUUCGAGUCUUCCAAAUGACCGCGAAGAUAUUGGUCGGCGAGUGAAAAUAUUACUUAACUGGGGGAGGUUAGAAUACUUGAAAACACUAGGUUUCCAUUGUCAGUUACUUUAUUAUGUACCCACGGACGUAUCGUUGGAAAAUAUGUGUAUCAUAGCCACAAAGUGUCCGAUUUAAAUUGAGUUGAUUUUUUUGUUGAAAUAAAACCUUAAACAUCA